AUGGCAAUUCCACUAAUCCUUGCAAUUCUGUCGUUUCUUGUUAAAGCUGUUGAUCUAACAAUCAUUGAAUCGGCUGAUAAUGUACUAAGAAUGACUGGUUUCUCACUACUGAUUGUUGCACUUGCUGACAUUGUAACGACGACUGCUGCAAUUUUAUCAUUGAUUGCUCAACUUGUCGAGACACUCUUGAUGACGAUUGCAACUCUUCAAGUGACAUCUGUAAUCGCCGCAUCCAUUCAGACUCUACCAAUAAUAGUUGUUGCAUUGGCUGGAUUUGUGUCACCGAUUGUUGCUUUUGUUGAGAUUGUACCAGUGGUUGUUGGAUCGGUGCUACAGAUGGACCAAUUUGCACUAGAGAUGGCUGAAUCUGCUGAAGUCGCACCAAUGACUGUUGUGACUGCAACAACGCCUGUAAUGAUGAAGACCAUGUUGGUGAUGACGCUGUGGACUCUAUCCAUUGCAGAAGUUGGCAUUGCGUUUACGACCGGACUGACUGUGAAAUCUCAUGAAUCGAUUGAGACUCCAUCGGUAAUGAAUAGAAUGGUUGAAUCUCUCCUCAUGAUUGCUGUUGAACUAAUUCUAGAGGCUGUGUCAGAUGCUAUUUGCCGAUGUUGUAACUACGUCUGUGGAUCUGUUCCGUUGCUGAAUCAUUAUUCUGAUGCUGAAUCGGUUGUAAGCGAACCUGCUGGACCAGUGUCGAUGACCGCUGGGACUCCGUCGAUUCCAACUGCACAGAUUCUGUUGUCCAUCGAUCGGCUUGCUGAAACUCUACUGGCCAUAUACAGGACUGCUGGAUAUGCAUCGGUGAUAGCUGACUCUGCUGUGACUGCAACGGCAGCUACUGAAAGGUCACAAUCGGUUGCUAAAACUAUUGACUCCUGA